ACCAGGCCUUUUUGCAGAAAUUCAUGUUUGCUUGCAUCGCAUGUUUAUAAAUCUGGACAUAUAAUUUAUUAAUCACAACGGCAAACUCUUAAAGUGCCUAACACCAAAAGCCAAACGCCACAACAAGCCUGUCUGAAAACUAGUUUUUCGCCUUCUCAAAUUAGAACCGAACUACCUACGUUGUUUUAUAACUGCAUUACUCUGUUUCUAUUCAUUGGCAUCCAACUUAUCAUUUUCAGGGCAGGUUUUUGACAGUUUCAUUGCUGGUGGUGGUUAAAAUGUCAGAGGCUGGAACUUGCUAUUAUUCUGUGCUUGGAAUUUGUAAACAAGCAUCUGCUUCUGAAAUUCGUGACGCUUAUCGCAGGCAGGCUUUGAAAUGGCAUCCUGACAGAUGGAUGAGAAACCCCAAAGUAGCCGGAGAAGCUAAAAAACGAUUUCAGCAAAUUCAAGAGGCUUAUUCAGUUUUGUCAGAUAAAGGAAAGAGAAAGAUUUAUGACGCUGGUUUGUUGGGUUUACUUACAGACGAUGAUGAUGAAGGAUUUCUCAAUUUCAUGCAAGAAAUGGUUUUAAUGAUGCAAAAUGUGAGGUCACAGGGUUUUGUUUUGUUUUUUUUAGGAAGGAAACACUUUGGAGGAUCUUCAAGGAUUGCUAAUGGAUAUGAUGGCAGAAGAUGAAAGACAUAAAUUUGGAUAUGACUGGGAUACUUCUCAAAGUGCUAAGAAGAAAGCACGAUUUUGCUGAUGCCUGAUGCUUUAUGUGAUUUCUUUGGUGGGUCUCGAAGGUUGCAACUAGCUCAGCAGUUUUUCCCCACUCUAAUUUUACCUGGCAAACUAAGGUGGAGGCAUGGAGUGUCGGGCACAUCGGCAAAGGCGUUCAUUUGCCCGCCCUUGUCUCACUAAUUCCUAUCUUCGGGCAUGAUUUGUAUAGUGGAGGAAAGCAAGAAAGUGAAGAAACCAUCAGUAUGAGAGGUUUUACGUAGAAUUUUUGUAUGAUAAUGGAUUAAAAGGACUAAACAAAGAUCAUCUAUGCUACAAUAUCUCCAAAUGAGUUUUAUUCGUGUUCUUCGAUGUUUUAUUUGUAUAUAAAAUGUUCUUCUUAAGCUAGCUAAAUAAUUGUAUGCAAAUAUUUAAUGAACCAUCCAAUAGGAUAUUAUUAUAUUAAUCUAGCUUUAAAACCAAUUAAUUAAUUGGGACUAAAGUACUAGUAUUUCUCGAGUGUGGAGUCACAAGACCAUAUAAACCAUCCAAAUCAGAAUUGUCUAGAAGUCCUCUUCUCCGUGUCUGUCACAGUAGCAGCUUUGGUUUUUUAAAGGCUAUAAAGAAAAGGAAUUUUAUAAAAUGGUACAUAAUUAAUGCGAGGAACAUUCAAUCAGGAAGGGAAAAUGAUUAUGACCAACCUGAUAUCCACAUUUUUUUGUUAUGCAAUAGAAGUUGUAGCUUGAAAAGAGGGGAAGUAG